UUCCUCUUCCACCUACAUCCUUUUCUUCUUUAUUUCUCCAACCAAGGUUAAGGUGCUUUUGUUAGAUCAGUAGAUCGAGGUAGCAGCCUCUCGGUUAGGGAGCUUUUGGCACGGGACUCGCAUGCUCGUUUACCAGAGAAGAAAGAUGAGUCAAGGAGACAAUACUUCUACUCCUCCUCCUACUGAUGACGUGAAUGCCCGAAUGGACAUAAUGCAAAAGGCCAUUACGGAUAUGAGUUCCAUCUUUAGGGAUUAUCUUCAACAUCAGAACAACAAUAAUGCCCCACAAAACACUAGUGGCAAUUCACAGCAAACAGUGGACUCUAGAGAAGGAAAUGAGCAGUUGACAUUGGUGAAGCAAUUUCAGAACAUGAACCCGCCUAGCUUCAAGGGAGUUCCUGAUCCCGAUGUGGCUGAGUCUUGGGUUAAUAAAUUAGAAAAGAUGUUCAAGCUCCUGAAAUGUACUGACGGGCAAAAAGUGGAGCUAGCAGUGUUCACAUUAGAAGGUGAAGCUGAUGAUUGGUGGACAGCUGCUCAAGAUGGGUUUUCUAAGAGAGGAAAGGAGGUUACAUGGGACAAGUUUGUUCAAGCCUUUUAUCGAAAAUAUUUUUCUGCAGCUGUGUUGGAAAGAAAGGAACUGGAGUUCAUGAAUUUGAAGCAAGAUGACAUGACAGUUGAUGAGUAUCAAGCUAAAUUCAGUUCUCUUAUGAAGCUUGCUCCUCACCUUGUUAAUGAUGAAGUUAGGAAGGCACGGAAGUUUCAAAGAGGGUUGAAAGCUUUCAUUAGGAACAAGGUGGUUCCUCAAAUGCUAAAGACUUAUGAUGAGGUCUUGGCCACAGCUCAAAUAAUUGAGCAAGAUAUGGAGGAGCAAAAAAUGGAGACUCAUGACUCAAAAGGCAAGGGAAAGGCUAUCAACAACCAGCCUUUCAACAAGAAGCCUGAACAAAGGGGAAAAAGGAAGAUCCCCAAAAACAACAGACCAAGUUUUGAUUUUUGUAAGAGGUACGGUAAGAACCAUGGGGGAAAAGAAUGUUAUUGGCAGACUGGGGCAUGUUUCAAGUGUGGGAAGACUGGCCACUUGAUCAAGGAUUGCCCGGUUCUCAAGGGAGCAAGUCAGCAGCCAAAGGAUCAAGAUAAUAAGAAGCCUAGGGUUCAAGAAAGAGUUUUGGCCAUCACAGAACAACAAGUUCAAAACACUCCUACAAUUAUAAAAGGUAAAAUACCUAUCUCUUUCGGGAAUGCCCAUGUGUUGAUUGACUCUAGAUCUACCCACUCAUUUGUGUCACCUAAGUAUGUGCCAUUUUUGCAUGUGGAGCCUGAGACCCUUGAUUGUGUGCUUGUGGUGAAUACUCCUUCUAAGGAGGUUUUAACAUCAAAAACUAUUUAUAGAUCUUGUAGAGUUAUGGUAGAGGGUAAAGUUUUGGUUGCUGAUCUGAUUUUGUUAGGCAUAGUGGAAUUUGAUGUCAUACUUGGUAUGGAUUGGUUGUCUACCCAUUAUGCCAUGGUUGAUUGUUAUGAGAAGGUGGUUACUUUUUCCGCUCCUAACCAGCCUGUGAUUCGGUUUGAAGGAGAAAAAGUUGGAUCAUUUCCAUUACUUGUUUCUUGCAUGCAAGCUGAUAAAAUGUUGCAGCAUGAGUGUUAUGGAUAUCUGGCAUAUGUUUUUGAAUCUAAAGACAAGCCGAUGUCUGUAGAAGGAAUUUGGGUAGUGGAAGACUUUCCUGAUGUUUUCCCUAAGGAGUUGCCUGGGCUACCUCCAAAUAGGGAGAUUGAGUUUACUAUAAACCUUGUGCUUGGUACUGCACCAAUAUCCCAGCACCCUUAUAGAAUGGCCCUAGCAGAAUUAAUUGAAUUGAAAAAGCAGUUGCAAGAGCUUCUUGAUAAGGGGUUCAUUAGACUCAGUACUUCUCCCUGGGGUGCUCCGGUUCGUUUUGUGAAAAAGAAAGAUGGCUCACUUAGAUUGUGCAUUGACUAUAGACGGUUGAAUCAAGUCACCGUCAAGAAUAAAUAUCCCUUGCCAAGGAUUGAUGAUUUGUUUGAUCAGUUACAAGGGGCUCGUGUCUUUUCCAAAAUUGAUCUUAGAUCGGGUUAUUAUCAACUAAAGGUUAAACCCGAGGAUGUGAUGAAGACUGCUUUUAGGAGCAGAUAUGGGCACUACGAGUUCUUGAUAAUGCCGUUUGGUUUAACUAAUGCCCCUACAGCUUUUAUGGAUCUUAUGAAUAGGAUCUUUCAAUUGUACUUAGAUAAGUUUGUCAUUGUCUUCAUUGAUGACAUUCUUAUCUUUUCUCCUGAUGAAGAGAGCCACAAGGAGCAUCUGGCCAUUGUAUUGCAGAUUUUGCGAGAAAAGAAGUUAUAUGCCAAGUUUGAUAAGUGUGACUUUUGGCUGAAUCAGAUUAGCUUUCUGGGUCAUAUUGUCUCGAAAGACGGUAUAUCAAUUGAUCCUAGUAAAGUGGAAGCAGUUGUAAAGUGGGAAAGGCCGACUAGUGUCACCGAAGUGCGGAGUUUUCUUGGACUAGCAAGAUAUUAUAGAAGGUUUGUGGAGGGAUAUUCAAAGAUUUCUGGUCCGUUAACACAACUUACUCGUAAGAAUCAGAAGUUUAAAUGGACAGAUAAAUGUGAGCAAAGCUGUCAAGAGUUGAAGAACAGAUUGGUCACAGCACCAAUUCUUGCUAUUCCCAACAAUGGAGGAAACUUUAUGGUAUAUACCGAUGCUUCUCACAAAGGCUUGGGUUGUGUACUUAUGCAACAUAGACGGGUGAUAGCUUAUGGGUCUAGACAACUCAAGACACAUGAGAGGAAUUACCCUACAUAUGAUUUAGAACUUGCUGCCAUAAUUUUUGCACUUAAGUUGUGGAGGCACUAUUUGUAUGGAGAAGAGUUUGAGGUGCACACUGAUCACCAAAGCUUGAAAUAUUUAUUUUCACAAAAAGAGCUUAACUUGAGACAAAGAAGAUGGAUGGAGUAUCUGAAUGACUAUAGAUGCAAAAUUGUCUAUCAACCUAGAAAGGGAAAUGUGGUUGCAAAUGCACUUAGCAGAAAAUCAACUGGCACUUUAGCAAGCUUAAUGGUGAUGGAGUGGAAACUCCUAGAAGAAUUCAAGAAUUUGAAUGUCAGGUUUUUGCCACCAAAGUCUGAUGUACUAGUGUCUAGUCUGAUGGUUCAACCUACGCUGUUGUCAAAGAUCAAGGAAGCACAACAGAAAGAUUCAAGAUUGAUGGAGUGGAUGAAGGACAAUGAAAAAAGCUCUAAAAUGGGUCUUCAUAUUUCGGAUGAUGGAAUCAUAAGACUUGGAGAUAGGAUUUGUGUUCCAUAUAAUGAAGGGUUGAGGAUGGAAUUGCUCCAAGAAGCACACAAGUCCAAUUAUACCAUUCAUCCUAGGAGUACCAAAAUGUAUCAUGACUUGAAAGAGACAUUCUGGUGGAAAAGCAUGAAGAAGGAUGUGGCUAAAUAUGUGUCCAAAUGCUUGACUUGUCAAGUGGUAAAAGCAGAGCACCAAAAGCUAGGAGGGCAACUUCAACCUUUGCCUAUACCGGAGUGGAAAUGGGAAGCCAUCUCAAUGGACUUCAUUGUGGGAUUGCCGAAGACGAGAAGGCAAUUUGAUGCAAUUUGGGAGAUUGUUAAACUCCAUGGGGUCCCAGUGAGCAUUGUAUCAGAUAGAGAUCCAAGGUUUAUUGCAAGAUUUUGGAGAUCUUUUCAGAAAGCCAUGGGAACUCAGUUGAAAUUAAGCAUAGCAUACCACCCACAAACCGAUGGGCAGUCUGAGAGGACUAUUCAAGUACUCGAAGACAUGCUAAGAGCUUGUGCAUUAGAUUUGCCUGAGAGUUGGGAUGAUCAUUUUCCAUUGGCAGAGUUUGCUUAUAAUAAUAGCUAUCAUUCCAAUAUGAAAAUGGCACCUUAUGAGGCUCUUUAUGGCAGGAGAUGUAGAACUCCAAUUUGUUGGGCAGAAGUUGGUUAUGGAAGGGUAAUGGGGCCUGAUUUUGUGCAGCAAACAACAGAAAAGGUGAAAUUAAUUCAGCAAAGGCUUAAAGUGGCUCAAGACAGACAAAAGAGUUAUGCAGACAAUAGAAGGAGACCUCUGGAAUUUGAAGUUGGAGAUCAUGUAUUUUUGAAGGUGUCACCAACUAAGGGAGUGUAUCGAUUUGGUUUGAAAGGAAAACUCAAUCCGAGGUACAUUGGCCCGUUUGAGAUUCUUGAAAGGGUAGGUGAAGUGGCUUAUAGAAUUGCAUUGCCUCCAGAAUUGUCAAAUGUGCAUAAUGUAUUUCAUGUGUCGGUUUUGAGGAAGUAUAAGCCAGAUCCUUCACAUGUCAUAAACUAUGAACCAUUAGAGUUGAAGGAAGAUUUGAGUUACACCGAACAGCCAACACAGAUUUUGGAUAGGAAAGAAAAAGUUUUGAGAAACAAGACUGUAUCCUUAGUGAAAGUGUUGUGGCGGCAUCAUUCUGAGAAUGAAGCUACAUGAGAACUUGAAAGUCAGAUGAGGGGGCAGUAUCCAAAUCUAUUUUGGUAAGCUAAAUGAUUUGGUGGGCCAAAUCCUUUUAAGGUGGGGAGGAUGUAACACCCCACAUACCUUAGUGAAUAAUUUAAAAAUUAGUGUCCUUUAGUUUAUAGUUUUAGGGAUUAAAUUGAUUGAAUUUAAAGUUUGGGGAUUUUAAGAAUUAUAAGUAAAUUGUACUAUUUACGAAAUACUGUUCAUGAUUACUGUUCACAAUUACUGUUCACGAUUACUGUUUAUGAUUACUGUUCACGCAUUAUGCUUUGAUCUCUUUCAAUAGAAAGUCCUAAUAUUAUUUUGGACAUAUUAUGAAUUUGUUUGACAUGCGUAUGUGUUUGUGGUUAUGGAGUAAGUGGACCUAAACUUAAAGCUUGGGGUAUUCAGUGGACCCUUCGGGGUAUUUAGUGGACUUC